GGCUCCAGUUGUAAUUUAAUGUCAGAAAUGUGUGAUGCAUUGGGUGCACUGUCAAUCUGAGAAACAAUAAACGAUAAAACAAUGAAAUUAUCACAAAUAAAAUACAAACAAUCCAAUAAAAUGCCGUUCCCGCACAAUACGUUAAAAGUCCUUCUCGACAUAAUUAGCCAAUAUAAGAAAACUGUGAACUGUGAAGACAAAAGUGACCUGGAAGCAAGGUUAAAAAUUCUACAACAAUUCAUCGUACCUAAUGUUAGAGGGUUGGACAAGGAUGAAUUACAAACUGUGGACAAGGAGUACAUGAUUUCAAGUAUACGGUCGCUAAGUAAUGUUUUGCUGGGAAUCAGAUCUUCCGACUGCGUUGACAUGCAAAGGGAAGUGCGAGCUAUUUUGGAUAAUAUCAACUCACUUGAAACGUCGGUUGGAAACUUGUUUGGCAAUGUGAGCGAAACUGACUAUGUUUCGGCACAACGUUCAUCUGAAACCUCUUCAAAAGAAUCUGUGGUUUCUCAUAAUGAUUUUGGCCCGUCUCCAUCUGAGUUAUCUAGUAUAUUAAUACCGUCAGCUUCCGAAGAUUCGAAUCAGAGACAAACACCGGGAGGACGUGCGGAGAGUGAGUUUAGUUCAGUAAGUAUAAGCGCCCCGCCCAACACACCACUCUUAUUAGAAACUCGGCAUAACGUCGGCGAUGGUGCUGAUUCGGAUGAACUGGCGUAAGAAGACUAGAAACAAGAGGAGUCUUUGGUGCUAAGACAUGCAAAAAUUGAAUAAAACCGUUUUCUUCGCCGCCAACCGUCUUUAUUUCACUAUUCUCGCCUUCGCUAAUACAAAAUCAAAAUUGUACCAGCGAGUCAACAGUCUGCAGUGCUUUGUCUGCAAUGUCUACACGUUUCUUCAGCAAUUCCAUUUUAUCUUCCGUAACACCACUCUUCCUGCCUCCCUUCAGCAGGAAACGUUGCAUAUAUUAAUGAACGAAAUUACUUCGAUAGUAUCAAAAAUAUAGCACACAACAGUAUAACAUAAUUUAAAUGCUCACAUCGGUGGAUAAAAAAUAAAUAAAAAAAAUCUUUGAAGACUUAUAAAUUAUUAUAGAUAAAUGAAAGUAGUAAUUUAAGAAUCCCUGUUGAUAUAUUCAAAA